AUGGAUUUAGAACUCUCUUUAGCAUCUUUCCUUUUGCUGGUUUUGACUCUUUUAUAUAUUUUUCAUGUUCUGAAGAGUUGGGAUAAAAGUAACUCAGCAGAUUUCCCUCCUGGACCCAGACCUUGGCCCAUCAUUGGGAACCUGCAUAUACUGAAUUUAAAGAAGCCUCAGCUGACUUAUCUAGAGCUUGCAAAGAAAUAUGGCCCAGUGUUUACUUUUCACAUGGGCAUGAAAAGAAUGGUGGUCCUGGCUGGAUAUGAGACCGUGAAGGAUGCGCUUGUCAACUAUGCUGUGGAGUUUGGGGAGAGGGGACAUCUUAAAAUAUUUCAGCGUUUGGACAAGGGAAUGGGGAUCCUCUUUUCUCAUGGUGAAAACUGGAAGACAAUGAGAAGAUUUACAAUAAGCACCCUGCGUGAUUUUGGCAUGGGAAAGAGAACGAUUGAAGAAAAAAUUAUUGAUGAAUGCGGCCACCUGAAUAAUUGGUUUGCUUCUUUUAAAGGCAAACCAUUUGACAACAUGAUGAUCUUGAAUGCUUCUGUGGCCAAUAUAAUUGUAGCAAUUUUACUGGGUUAUCGAAUGAACUAUGAUGAUCCCCAAUUUAGGAGACUAUUGAGUCUAAUAAACGAGAACGUUAGACUGGCGGGAAUGCCAAUGGUUUCGCUUUCCAACAUCUUUCCAUUUCUGGAGCUUCUCCCUGGAAGUCACAAAACCAUGUUGAGAAAUGUGGAUGAACAAUGUGAGUUUAUUACAGAGACAUUUGUGGAACAUCUGAAGAACUUGGAUGAGAACGAUCAGAGAAGUUUCAUUGAUGCAUUCCUUGUAAGACAAAAAGAGGAGGCUGGCGACCCUCAAUCUUAUUUCCACAAUGGCAAUCUGUCCAGACUUGUAAGGAAUUUGUUUACUGCAGGAAUGGAGACAACAUCAACCACACUGCGUUGGGGACUUCUCCUGAUGAUAAAAUAUCCAAAAAUACAAGAAAAGGUUCAAGAGGAGAUUUCAAGAGUCAUUGGAUCAGCACAGCCCAUGUACAGCCACCGAGGACUAAUGCCCUAUACGAAUGCAGUAAUACAUGAGAUCCAGAGGUUCUCCGACAUUAUCCCUCUCAAUCUGGGUCAUGAAACAACUACAGAUGUUACCUUUAAAGGCUAUUUUAUUCCAAAAGGUACCUACAUAAUACCAUUAUUGUCAUCAGUAUUGAGAGACAAGACACAGUUUGAGAGCCCUGAAGAUUUUAAUCCAAAUCAUUUUCUUGAUGCCAGUGAUAAUUUUAUAAAGAAAGACGCCUUCAUGCCAUUUUCUGCUGGUCGCAGAGUUUGUGCCGGAGAAACACUGGCGAGGAUGGAGCUCUUCAUCUUCUUUACAAGCCUGCUACAGAAAUUCACCUUCCGUUUACCUCAAGGGGUGACUGACGUAGACCUGUCAUCGGUUGUGGGAAUAACCAAUGCACCAAAGCAGCAAAUGAUAUGUGCAUUGUCUCGACUGUAAAGUAGAAUUUUCAGCACACUUAAGGGAUAUCCCAACCUAGCAGAGGACAAAACUUGUAGAAGUGUUAUAAAUACAAUUAUAAUAGACAUUGCUGUCAUAUUUAGAUUAUUAUCACAUUAAUAUUCACAUACAUUAGGCUAUAAAUAUUUAAUUUUAAAGGGACACUAAACCUAAAAAUGAACAGAACAUUAUUUACUUCUGAUGUUUUCCAUUUUGAUUUGUUAGGCAGCUAAAA